AUGGCGACCUAUGCCCCCCACGAGCGGGCCUACUACGACGCCCUUUUCGCAUUUCUCGACAAGGAAGGCACCUCUGUCCUCCCCGGCCAAGACAUCUACCCCUUCCUCACCUCCUCCGCCCUCCCCACAAACACCCUCGGCGAGAUAUGGGCCCUCUCCGACCCCGACAACAACGGCUUCCUCACCAAGGAUGGCUGGUACAGGGCCGCCAGGCUCAUCGGAUGGCUCCAGAACGGCGCCGCCAAGUCGGUCGACGAGGACCUGCUGUCCAAGGCCGGGCCACUCCCAACCUUCCCCACCGGCCCCAAGCCUUCUGCUCAACCACCUCUCCAGGCCCAGACCACUGGCCAGCCGCUGUCCGCCAAUGUGACCGGCCAAGGGUUUCCUCCAAUCUCGCCUGCUGACCGAGCCAAGUUUACUCGACUGUUUGCCGGGGCAGGGCCUGCGAACGGGCUGCUAUCGGGAGACAAGGCAAGGGACAUGUUUGUGAAGAGUGGACUGAGCUAUGAGAAGCUGGGAAAGAUCUGGAACCUCGCCGAUACCCAGAACCGCGGUUCUCUUGACCUCACCGACUGGAUCAUCGGCAUGCACCUCAUCCAAUCCGCCAUGGCCGACCCCAACCUUAACCUCCCACUCACACUGCCCCCAGGCGCAUACGAGGCCGCUUCCGGAGGCCGCUCGGCACCCCCUGUCGCCCCUGUCAGUCCUCUCCGCGGCAACACCGCCAGCCCUGUCCGACCUCAGUAUACGGGAGGCAUCGCCCCUCUCCAGCAGCAGGGGACCGGUGGGAGUGCGCGAGCCCCACAAAGGCAGAUGAUUGGGUCAACUUUCAGCCCUGCUCGCCAAGCCAGCGGAGCGAGCCAGCCAUGGGAUGUCACGCCUCAGGCUAAAGCCACCAGCGACCAGUUCUUCUCGCAGCUAGAUACGCAGAACAAGGGCGUGAUUGAGGGUGAUGUGGCUGUGCCAUUUAUGAUUCAGAGUCAGCUUGACGAGGGUACUUUGGCUAGCAUCUGGGAUCUUGCCGAUAUCCGGAAAGAAGGCAAGCUUACUCGUGACGAGUUUGCCGUCGCCAUGCACUUGAUCAACGCCAAGCUCGCUGGUCAAGAAGUCCCCGCUACCCUUCCCUUGAGCCUUAUCCCUCCUUCCUUGAGGGAAAACUUUGGUCCAGGCAAGCAAGAGGUCUUGGCACAGCCCAGCAGCGCAACGAGAGAUCUCUUUGAUCUCUUUGCGGACGACCCUCCUCCCCCCACUACUGCCGCUCCGGCCGCUGCCCCUGCCGCCCCCGCUGCCAAGUCAUUAAGCCCAGCGCCCACAGGCCAAUCGAAACCUCCCGCUCUCCCCGCCCGAACCCCCUCCCAAUCCUCUGCCCAACCAUUCUCCACCUCCUUCCUCGGCCAGCCUCCCGCACCGCCCGCUCGUCGUCAGACUUCGCAAUCCUCCACCAAAACUCUCUCGCCUGCAGCUACUGGUCAAUCGUCUACCCCUGCGCCUUCUAGCUUUGCUACCACCUUUGCUUCGAGUCCUCCCAAGCGAGGUGGAGACUUGAUGGGCGACGAAGGUGGAGACACUUCCAGCACGCCUGUGCCCGACCACUCUGCCGAGUAUGGAAACAAGCAGAAUCAGUUGCAGCAGACUACUCGCGGGUUGACUGAUCUGUCCAACCAGCGCGCCGAGUUGGAAGGGCACGACCAGUCUUCGAAGUCUCAGCUCCAAGAGCUUGAGCAGAAACUUGCCGGUGCGAGGGAAAAGCACCAGCAAGAGCUGCGCGCGGUGGCCGAUUUGAGGAUCCGGGUCGGCGAGCAGCAAGCCAAGGUCAAGCAGCUCAACACCGACCUUAUCACGUUCUCUUCCGACGUCUCUGCCCUUCAGUCUGAAAAGACUGAGCUCGAGCAGGCGCUUCUUCAUGACAAGGAAGAAGUGCGUGGCCUUCAAAGGCAGAUGAAGGAGGUUGAAGAGGAGAAAGCUGGAUUGGGCAUGGUGCUCGAGAGGCUGAGAAAGGAAGCGAGGCAGCAAAAGGGGAUGGUGACGAUUGCAAAGAAGCAAUUGCAGACUGCUGAAGAGAAGAGGGAUGGAGUUCAGAAAGAGAUCAGGGGGGUUGAGGAUGAGAUUGAGAGCGACAAGGCGGUCAUUGAGCAGCACAAUGCGUCUCAAACUACUGCCAGGUCAGCGCCCGAAGGCGCCUUCUCGCCCGAUAGGCUCGCCACAGCGUCUGCUGUACCCGUCCCCGGCACUCCCCAAGCCCUCUCUCCUACAGCUACCGGACGUUCCAACAACCCAUUCGACAGAUUCAUCAAGUCCUCCGCAUCUGCCUCGCCCAGUGCAGACGAACAGGGCUUGGGCAACGCUGCGCUGUUUGGUGUUGGUGCCGCUGCUACAGCUGCUGCCGGCGUCGUAGCUGCGGGCGUUGGCGGUGCGUACGAAACUGCCAAAAGCGCGUUGACGGAUGAGCCGGAGCAAAAUUCCCAGACUGGCACGUCUUCCGUGCCCACGCCUGCCCCGGAGGCUUCUGGUGAGCCCGCUCCUCAAGCGAGGGACGCUGAAGAUGCAGCCGACAAGGCCAAGGCCAAUGAGGAGGCCGAACAGGAUCCCUUCGGAGUCCCUACGAGCGGUCCAAUCACUGCCAUCCCCGCCCACGAGGAUGUCGAUCCCUUUGGUGCUCCUGCUACUCCCUCUCAAGGCCAGGGAGGCUUUGGCACAGACCCCUUCGGUGCGCCUACCGUCACUGGAGCCGAUGCUCCUAACGGGUUUGGUGCGGAUGAUGGGUUUGGUGAUUCGUUCGGUGCUGCCCCAGCCCAGGAAGCGCGUGCGGCUGCGACAGAGCAGAGCAAAGCCCCAGCAGACUUUGACAGUGCUUUCGCCGACUUUGAAAGCCCUGCCGAGGCCACCGAAGAGCAGGCUACGCUCAAAGAAGAGCCUUCUUCGCCGCCUCAGGGCGGUAUCCCCGCCGGACUGCCCAAGUCUCACAUCCCCCAACUCGACGAUCGACCUGAACCCGAACGAUCGUUGUCUACCCAGGCUGUGGCCUCGGACAGCGAGCCGAGUACACCGUACACUCCUGGCAGCAGCGUCCCCGGUGCUUACCACGCCGGGAGCCAAGACUCUUUCAACAACAGCGAGGUCAGCACCCCUGGCUUGGCUGGUGUUGGUACGGCUGCCGGUGCUGCGGGACUGGGCGCCGCGGGUGUCGGAAGUGCGUUGACGCGUGAAGUCCAGCCUGACGAGCCCGAGACGCCUCGAGCCGAGGUGUCGGAGCCUUAUGUGGAUGCGAGGGAAGCCGCCGACUCUUCUGACGAAGAAGAAGAGCCUGAAGAUAUCGAGGGUCCCAGGAGAGAGUAUGGCAAGGCCAAGGAAGAGGCGUUUGCCAGCGAAGAGCCUGGAGCUGCUCAGCCCGAAGUCACAUCGGUACAGCCUGUCUCUGAGCCUCGUUCUGGGGCUGCGCUCGCCCCCGCCCUCGCGCCGUCUCUCGAUCCGUUCGGUGCCAGUGCUAGCGAAGAGCAAGAACAAAAGAUCCGCCGAAGUGCGCCUCCCCCACCUACCAAGGCUGUCUCCCCUGCGCCAGUCGUGGCGUCGGCUGGCGGACCUGAUGUCGGGGAGCAGUUUGACCCCUUCGGUGCUCCCACUGCCGUCUCAUCUAGUGCUGCAUUCGGUAACGUGGCCACUGCCCAGGUUCAACCGCCUGUCCCUGCCCGUCCCGAACAGCAACAGCCCCAAACGGCGUCGUUUGACGAAGACGAGUUUGAUUUCUCCGACCUCCCUCCUGCCCAGGUGGACCAGACAUCAUCCACUGCUGGGUUUGCGCCUUCCAGUGCUGCUGGUCAGGGCCAGACAACCACCCAAGGGGGUGGAUUCGACGACGAGUUUGCUUCAUUUGAUGACGAGUUUAACGACGAGUCUGGUGCUGGCGGUAACGGCAACGCCUCUGAUCUUUCCAGUGGAAACAAGUCUUACGAGAUGGUUUCGCCCAAUCAGCCUUCUGCUGCUUUUGCUGGUCAGUCUCAGCCCUCUGCCGCCCAGCAAGCUCCUGCAGCUGGCGGGUCGUCUGGUUUGUAUGAUGAAUGGGGAUUUGGGUCAAAGAAGGGUCCUGCGACAGAAUCUCCAGUUGCCGCUACCCAAGGAUUGUCACAGUUCGAUGAUGCCUUUGGAGGCGACUUUGAGCCUGCUCAAUCUACUGAGCAGUACGCUCCUCCUUCCGGACCCCCUCCGCCUCAAAAGGACGAGACUGCCCUUCGACCUCCCGCUAUGCCCGAGCGAAGGCCCAGUGGAGCUCAAGCGGAUGAUAUCGAGGAUGUAAAGAAGCUGUGUGCGAUGGGUUUCCCUAGGGAUCUGGUGAUUGCGGGAUUGGAAGCGAACGGAUUUGAUUUCCAAAAGACUUUGAACGUCUUGUUGUCAUAA